CUUCUGUGUAUCGAUAGUAGAUUUCGUAGGGCCGUUUUGGAGGGCAAAAACUUCCAACAAUCAUCAUCCGCUGUAUCAACGACUACGCCGCCGCGCCGAACAGCACCACGCCUCGAGCCUAUCCCUGGGAUAUAUUCUAAAUCUACCGUUGGACACUGCUUUCACUGCUUAUGCUUUAGUGAAGUCGAAGUAAUGGCUGAGCCUGGCCAGCCGGAGCUCAACGGGGGAAUGUCCCCGACGGGGAUCAAGAAAGAGCCCACUAAUGAAGCUGACAUUCUCGAGGGCCUUGGCCUUGACCUCGAUUCCAUCAUGCAAGCUGCGACUAAACGACCAUUUGAAGACGAGUCUAACGGCGACGACCCGUCGAAGAGGGUCAAAACUGAAGCCGAACCUGCCUCUGAGCAUGCACUCGAUCUUCCCCAAGGCGCUGAAGAAGAACUCGAAGAUGGCCUUGCGCUUCUCGUACAGAAUGCGCUCAGCAAUGUCAACGACUUCGUCUUUGGUUCCUCGAACGAUCCCAUGGAGAUUGAUGGCAUUACCGACCAUAGCUUACCUCCGCCACCUCCUCCUCCUUCACCUCCUUCAGUCUCAUUCUUCUCCGACCCUCAGAAGUAUUUGCGCAAAGCCAGUCGACAUGCGCUUGGCAACUUGGCACUUUCUGUCCUCCUCUUAUUCUCACAAUCAUUCGACGACUCGAUAAAACCUAUUCAAGAUGCCGACUCACAGCACGCCAAGUCAUUUCGCGACCUACACGCUUCUUUUGCGCAGAUCAAGCAAAUAUAUUCUUCGGGGCCCAUUCUGUCAGCCGACGAUCCGGACCUCCACGACCACGAAUCCCGUACGAUCCUCGAUCUAGCGAACCUUGCUCAAUUCGGUAUCUGGCUAUUACAAACCACGCCAUCCUAUUCCGAAGCUCAUCAGCACUUCCAUGCCAUCUUCAGAGGCCAAGUUUCAGACCUCGGUUCGGAUGCGCUCGAUCUAUACAUUUCCCUCAAAACCCAAGUAGCCAUCGAUGCGCUUGCUACAAAAACCCAGGAACAAUCCAAGGAGCAAGUUUUGGAAGAGGCACUAAUCAAUGGCAUGGAAGAAAAGCUACGGGGCCUUCAUAACGGGCUCGAUCUUACGCCCGCCGAUUCUGAGUUUAUCGCUUCUGUCCGAGCGAGGAAAACGUCUCUUGAGGGUGAAGCUUCUACCGAAUCUGCUGUUUUGAGAGAAAAAUACAAGGUUGACGAUUUAUUGCGGCAAGUCUCGACAUGUGUAAAGACACGGCUCGCAUUGAUGUCGGACCUUGGAUCAAGAUUAGGCCAUCCUAUGCGAUCUAGCGAAGAGACUGCAGUUGACCUCUUGGGCGAUACGACCGGCGAUGCGAAUCUCGACUUGGACGAGCUCUCAUCCUUCUUUGAGAAGACAGCUUCCGGGCUGGUUCAAGAUGCUUUGGCUGGACUGACUGAAGAUACCACUGCCACCCCUGCCGAGGCCAAUCCUCAACCUGAGCAAACACCCACUGUCACCGAAACAAUCGAACCGCCAGCCGUGGUCGAGCCUACCAAGAGCCCCGAGAAGGAACCUGCCUCGACUCCUCAGGCAAACGGCAAAGUGGAAUGUACUCAACAAGAUUACAAGGAACUGGAGGCGCUGGUAGCCCAAAGUACAGAUCACUAUGUCAAGACUACACUACAUGGCUUGUCGCCGGUACCCUAUCAACCUACAGUUCCCACAAGCACGACCCAAACAUAUCUAAACCAGCUCCAACAACAACAAGCCCAGAACCCGUACUUUUCAUCAUAUACGCAGAGUAUCCCUGAGCCACAACCACCGCCUCAAGAACCAGGCCAUCAGCUCCCGCCACAUCAGACCUGCUCCAGUGCAUUACUGUACGACAAGGCUCGUCAAGCAGCCCUCUCUAAAAAUGCGUCUCAUACAAGAAGAGAAGGCAUCCACUCAACACGUCGGCCGUGGACUCAGGACGAAGAGAAGGCUCUCAUGGCAGGCUUGGACUUGGUCAAAGGGCCUCAUUGGAGUCAGAUACUCACCUUGUUUGGGGCGCAGGGCACGAUAUCAGAUAUACUUAAAGAUCGGACACAAGUCCAGCUCAAGGACAAGGCUCGUAACCUCAAGUUGUUCUUCCUCAAGACCAACUCUGAGAUGCCAUAUUAUCUCCAGGCUGUCACGGGCGAGCUCAAGACACGAGCUCCUACACAAGCAGCGAGAAAGGAGGCUGAAGAACGAGCAAGGAUGACUUCGGAGGAGGACCAGGCCAAGAUUCAAGGAAUCAUGACACUGGCUGGAGGGUUGCAGAACUCUUCACAAGGACAGGGAAGGGCUGCAGGAACGCCAGCAUCAGCCGUUGGUUCAGGAGUUAUGACGCCUGCUCAGAAUGCGGCUCAGGCAGCGUCGUCGCAGCAAAGCCAGGCGCACAAUCAAGCUGCUGCCCAUUCGUAUAACCCAGCCACCUCAUCGGGAUAUCCACCGUCGACCUUGCCGCAGUCAAGACCAAGCGUUAUGUCGGCAACACAACAGUCGCCCCAUCAAGCAGCGCAUCCUCAAUCACAAAUGUCUAUGUCUCCUCAGACCCCGCGAUCCCAGCAACAACAACUACCUCAGCAGCAGCACAGUGCUAUGCACUCUCCCGCCCACGCCCAGGCUGCUGCUCAAGCUCGUUCCCAUACGUCGACACCCGUCGGACAGCUACAUCACUCCCCGCCGCCACAACAUACACCAACUCCUCAGCCAGUUACUCAACACCAUCCUCAGCCUCACUUCCCGCCAGCUCCACAUACUCAGCUCACAUUCCCUUCUCCUCCUCCGCCUGCAAAUGCCACGCCUAAUUUACACACACAUGGUCAGGUGCCAGUUCCAGAUACGCAAACACAGAUAGAUCAACACAUGCACGACAAUGCUGCGGAGGCCGCACUGUUGCAAGGACUUCAGGCAGCAGUGGCAGAGUCUAUGUAGCACAACGUUGGACAAUAUGCUUGAAGAGAUGACCACAUACAGUGGGCUUUUUUGAUGCACGACCUUGUUAGGCUCAAAGAACUGUUUGGUGUUUCUGUUCACUUUUUCUCCUUCUUAUAAAUGUUGAUUUCGACGGCGGACCAGUUGCUUUAGAGCGAGCCAUGGCAACUAGGUACGUAUCAGGGGGUGCUAGGCGCAGUUGGCUAUAGUCUUUUCCGCGAAAAAAAAAAAAAGUUUCUUCUUCUAUAGAUAAGAAAGCCUCGAUGGCUGAAUUAAAGGAAAAGGGAGGGAGGGGGAGAGAGACGAGAGGGAUAGAGACAGCGCAGUGAAGUGGAGGUCUGGCUUGGAAUGAUACCACGAAUUAGGAGGUGAAAUGAUAGAUGAUGACUGGAAACAGCGGGAGAUAGACAAUUGAAUCAUCUCUAACCUUCAACAA